CCACAGAUGAUGAUAGUGAUCAAAGUGGCCAGACUGAAUUUCGGAAAGGGUCUAUUCCACCUACCCUUGUAUCCCAAAUCCAAACUUACUCCCAAUAGGAAACCAAAGCAAAACAAUUCGAAUUCACCCGCUAGUCACCCUAAAAACUUACCUGAGAACCUAAAAGCCUCAACCACACGGAGACAACACCGGCAAAGAUGAACGCAUAUCACGAGAAAAAGAGCGUUAAGAAGAAGAAAAACAAAAAAACGAAAGAAUACUGCUCAGACAAUGAUGAAAAGAAAAACCACAAGGACAAGGAAAACACCGAUUCGGAGGAAGAGGGCAUCUACUUGGAACGGGAGGUGAGGGAGGAGAUCCCAGAGACGGGGGAAGACGACUUCCCAGACGAAAGGAAAACUAGUCGCAACGCUGCCAACAAAAACAAAACAAAAGACACCAAAAAAGACAGACCCCAAACACAGGAGCUCUCACAGGCAAGCUUGGAAGAGCUACUUAAAACUAUCGCAGAACUUACAAGGACAACAAUCAAGGUGAUGGACGAAAACGCCAAAAUCAAAGCCGAACUCAGCCGAAUCAACGAACAAACCGAACUCAUAAUCCAAGAGAACCUACACCUCAGAGAACUCGACCUGUUGCAAAACAAUGCAAGACUAAACGAGUCAGAGAAAGCGAGGACUAAGACGUACUCACAGGCGCUGGGCACGCAAAGCGAUGACAACAACGAAACCCCGAAACAAGACGACAAUGAGCAAGAAAAGAAAUAUACUCUACUGGUAACGACAAAAGGAAGUCAAGAAAAAGACGACCACAUCAAAGUGGGCAACCUCCUAAAGAAAUCAAUCGACCCAGCGGACGUCGGGCUGACUGACGUCCGACUUAAACCGAUUAGGGGAGGACUGGCCAUAACUACCAACUCAAAAGAGGCCAUAGAUAAACUGGAAAGGAAAAUCAACGAAACAAAAGACACCAGAGAAAAACUAGAAUACAAAAAACCCAAAGAACGAAAUCCCCAAAUCUCCAUAACACAAGUAGAAAGAGAGCUAACAGAAGAAGAAAUCACGAAGGCAAUCAUACACCAAAACAAAAUCGAAGCAGGAGAGGACGAAAUAAAAAUAAUUCAAACUUUCAGAACAAACAACGGCACGAACACCCAGAUCAUUGAACUGUCUGCGAACGCAUUCAGGCAACUAAUAAACAGGAAAAGGUUACUGAUAGGUUGGACCUCCUGUCCCGUCAGAGAGAAUAUAUAUGUCCCAAGAUGCCUCAACUGUUCAUCAUACGGACACACACAAAGGCAAUGCCAAAACAGAGCGACGUGCCCUGAGUGCGCCGGACAACACAGACACCAAGAAUACGAGGUGAUCACAGUCAAAUGCAAAGCCUGCAGCAACAGCAACGAAAAAUUUGAAUCACAAUUUGACACUAACCACAAAUUCACAGACCCGCUGUGCCCAACAUAUAAAGCACAAGUCGAAAGAAUCCGACAAAGAACUUCAUACUAAGGGAACAAAAGAGAGAGAGGGAAGAGGGGGGGGAGAGGCGAGACAACAGAGGACAACACGAUAGAAGGGGGAACAGCUAAAGCGAAGAAAUAUGGUACACAUAAAACAAACAACACAUCCAUUAGAAUCACCCAAAUAAACCUAAACCAUUCAUAUACCGCAACAGAACACCUCAAGAAUAAUCAACCACACAUCCAAUCCGAUAUAACAUGCAUACAAGAACCCUACUACUCAAACAACAAAAUCAUUGGUUUCUCAGUAAAAGACAUAAUCAUCCAGAAUAAGGAAAAACCUAGAACAGCAAUAGUAAUACAUAAAAAAAUAUUUGAUUACACCUGGUAAAGGUUGAUAGGGAUCUAAUAGCUAUAACACUCACUACAAGCAAGGAAAAACUACUGCUAAUAAUCUCGUAUUCAGCACCCAAAGAAUAUCUAGACUACACACUCGAACAAAUUGAACAAAUUCUUGAAAAACAUCCACCGACACCAACACUAAUAGUAGGAGACUUCAACUCAAAAAACCCCACAUGGGGAGGAAACAAAAUCGAUGAAAGAGGGGAAAAAAUGGGGGACUUCAUAAUAGAAAAAGACCUACACCUCGUCAACCACCAAGACUCACCACCCACAUUCACACCGGCAAAUGGAAACAGCUGGAU